AUGCAGAUAAAGCGCGCUGAGGUGGAGACUACUGUAGGCGAAGCUGCAGAAAGCGGAGAAGGUAUGGUGGAGGUGUUAGAAAGUGGAGAAGGCGCAACAGAGACAGGGGCUCCAGAAGAAGGGGCUACAGAAGCGGCAAGUGGAGAAGGCGUGACGGAGGACGCUGCUAGUGGAGAAGGUGCUACAGAGGCAGGGGCUACUGAAGGGGGUGCUAAAGGGGAGGUAACUAGUGGAAAAGGUGCCAAGGAGGCAGGGGUUACUGAAGAGUUAGCUACGGAGGCGGCAAGUGCAGAUGGCGCCACGCAGGCAUUAGUCACAGCAAAAGUUGCAACGGAGGCAGGCAUGACUGAAGAAGGUGUAACAGAGCCAACGGCUAGGGGAGAAGGUGCCGCAGAGGCAGGGGCUACUGAUGAAGGUAUUACGAAGCAAGUGGCCAGUGGAGAAGGCGCUACGGAGGCAGAAAUCACUGAGGAAGAGGCUGCAGAAAGUGGGGAAGGAACUGUGGAGGUUUCAGAAAGUAGUGAAGGCGUUACGGAAACAGGGGCUACUGAAGAAGGGGCUACGGAAGUGGCAAGUGGAGAAGGCGUUACAGAGGCGGCUUCUGGUGAAAAAGGCGUUACAGAGGUAGAGGCCUCUGAAGAAGGUGCCACGAAGCCUGUGGCUAGUGGAGAUGCCGCUACAGAGGCUACAGAGGCGAAGACUACCGAUGAAGUCGUUACAGAGGCGGCAGCUAGCGGAGAAGGCUCUACAGAGGAAGGGGCCAUUGAUAAAGGCACAACGGAACCUGUGGCUAGUGGAGAAGGCGCUACAGAGGUAGGGGCCACAAAAGAGGGUAUAACGGAGCCUGUGGCUAGUGGAGAAGGCGUUACAGAAGGAAAGACCACCGAGGAAGUCGUUACAGCAGCUAGCGGAGAAGGCGCUACAGAUGUAGUGGCCACUAAAAGUUUUACCGAGGUAGCAGUUAGUGGAGAAGGCACUACAGACGUGAAGACUACCGAUGAAAUCGAGAUCAGUGGAGAAAGUGCCACCGAGGUUGGGGCUACCGAAGAAGGCACAACGGAACCUGCGGCUAGUGGAGAAGGCACCACAGAGGUAGGGGCCACUGAAGAAGGUACAACGGAGCCUAUGGCUAGUGGAGAAGGCGUUACAGAGGCGAAGACUACCGAGGAAGCCGUUACAGCAGCUAGCGGAGAGGGAGCCCCGGAAGUAGAGGCCACUGAAGGCGUUACAGAGCAAGCAGCUAGAGGAGAAGGCACUACAGAGGUAGAUACUACUGAGGAAGUCGUUACAGAGCCGGCAGCUAGUGGAGAAGGCGCUACAGAGGAAGGGGCCAUUGAUGAAGUUACAAUGGAACCUGUGGCUAGUGGAAAAGGCGCUACAGAGGUAGGGGCCACUAAAGAAGGUACAACGGAGCCUGUGGCUAGUGGAGAAGGCGUUACAGAGGCGAAGACUACCGAGGAAGUCACUACAGCAGCUAGCGGAGAAGGCGCCACAGAAGUAAAGGGCACUGAAAGUUUUGCAGAGCAAGCAGUUAGUGGAGAAGGCACUACAGAGGUGAUGAAGACUACCGAUGAAUUCGAAACGGAGGCGACAGCUAGUGGAGAAGGCGUCACGGAGGUUGGGGUAAGUGAAGAAAGUGUUAUGGAGGAGGAGAUCAGUGGGGAAAGUACCACCGAGGUAGAGGCUAUCGAAGAAGGCACGACGGAACCUGUGGCUAGUGGAGAAGGCGCUACAGAGGCGAAGACUACCGAGGAAGUCGUUACGGAGGCGACAGCCAGCGAAGAAGGCGCCACGGAGGCAGUGGUUGCUGAGGGUGUUACAGACCAAGCAGCUAGUGGAGAAGGUGCAACGAAUGCAGUGGUCACUGAAGAAGAAACCAGAAUGGUGGCUAGAAGAGAAGGAGCUACGGAGGCGGAGACUACGGAUGAAAUCGUUACUGAGGCGGCAGCUGGCGGAGAAGGCACCACGGAGGCAGGAGUAAUCGAAGAAAGUACCAUUCAGGGGGAGAUCAGCGGAGAAGGUGCCACCGAGGUGGGGGCUACUGAGGAAGGCACCACGGGGACAGCAGCCACGACAAAACCCUCCAUGGUGGAACCAGGUUGUGGUGGCGUUCUUUUGGGAGACCAAGGAGGUUUCUCUUCACCUGUAAUCGAUGGGGAAUACUAUCCAAACCACGCACACUGUAAAUGGACGAUAGAUGUUAGGAAGGGCUUCAAACUGCGCAUCACUUAUGAGCUUUUUGAUACAGAAGAGCACUUUGACUAUUUGGAAAUCCUACAAGGGAACAAAGAACUGUACAUAAUCGAUGGACACAAGGAUGCCAAUUACCAAACCAUAGUGUUUGGCGAUAACAAAGAAGUCACCAUCGCUUUUCACUCUGAUGCCUUCAUAACCUACAAGGGAUUUAAAGCCAAAUUUAAAAUCACUGCUGGUUCAGGCUGUGGAGGCCAGUUGAUAGAAAAAAAGGGACACUUUGAGUCGCCAAACUUUCCAGGAAAGUACCCUGACAACACUGAAUGUUUCUGGAUUGUAACGAUUAAACCUGGCCAAGAACUUAGAAUCCAUUUUGACAGCUUUCAAACAGAACAUGGCUUCGAUAGCUUGAAAAUUGAGGUGGGGAAACGGAUGGUGAAACUACUCAGCGGAUAUCGACACCGUCAGCCUGAUGUGGUAAUUCAUUUUAAAGAAAAGACGGGUGGUGAAAUCAACCUUUACUUCACUUCGGAUGUGACCAUAUCAGAAAAAGGAUUCCGCGCCACUUACGAAAUCGAACCCACCAAAGACCUAGCGAAAAAGGAUUUCAUAUAGUAAUUCAAGGGAAAAAAAAAGGACUCGCUACAAAUGAGAAACCCUUCUUUAAAUUUGUUUAGGAUUUUGGAAUAGGGACAGCAAAUUUGCUUAAUUGAUAAUAGCUUUAUGUUUCAAUGGUCAUAUUACAUCUCUGCACAACGUCGUCCGCCGUAAGAGAUUGAUAAACUUGUGUAAUAUCGUUAAUAAACGUUUCCGAUAAGGGCUCAA